CAUAGUGAGAACCAAGACACGGAUGAAAACCUCAAAUUGUAUGGUGGCAUGGACUUGCAACCAGGUCGUGAGGGGGGCACGUGGCUGGCUAUGACUACCACUGGUCGCAUUAGUGCUCUGACAAACUACAGAAUACCAGUGGCGGACGUCCGGCCCGAUACCUGUGGUCGAGGUCAACUGAUCACUGACUAUCUCAAGAGUACCGAGAGCCCCAGCGUGGUAAUGAACAACGUCGACAAAAGGCGAAACGAUUUCGCAGGCUUCAAUCUGCUGUGUGCGGAUGUGAAGGAGGACGAUACAGAGUUUGUCUACUAUACCAAUGCAGAACCAUUGGGUAUACCUACACUACCCCCAGGUACAUACUCCAUGUGCAAUAAAGUAUUAGACUCGCCGUGGCCCAAGCAACUGAGAGGGAAACAGCAGUUCAAUCAGAUACUCAAUAAAUACAGAGGCCAGCAGAAGGGCGCAGACGCCCGCCAACGGUUGGAAGACGAACUACUGCGCCUCAUGGGCGAUGAAACACGGUACGACGAGACUACUGGGCUGCCGCACACGGGAGUGCCCUUGAGCAUAGAGAUAGACCUCUCGGCAAUCUUCUGUCAGGUCAACAUGAAUGACAAGAGAUACGGCACACGCAGCACUUCACUCAUCUUCAUAGACGACCACAACGAGGUCACGUGGGUGGAGUAUGCACGGCCCGAUGUGGGGAACGAAGUAGCUCCCGCAUCAGCAGCCGCGGACGGAGUGCCGCCGCAAAUUGCACAGCAAUGGAUUCGAACCGAGCAACGUUUUCCUUUGGCCCAUCGAUGCAAUAGCAGUGUUGAUGGCCAAAUCAAGACGUGACCCGUUCAUUUGCAUCAGAUACUAAUUUCGGAACCAAAAAUAAAUAAAAUUAGCAUAAUAAAUAUGUCUAAAUAUAUGCGAAAUCGUA